AUGGCGCUCAGCAUUUUCGGUCAUGCCAACAACCCCAAGUACUUCGAUAUCAGGCUGGACGACGACUACAUCGUGUUCCGCGGCAGCCCCGAAGAAGCCGCCAGCGCCCAUCUGAAAGGCACGCUGGUGCUCUGUCUGUCCGAGCCCUUCACCAUCAAACACCUGAAACUGCGCCUCGUCGGCGUCUCUCGUAUCGGAUGGACGCUCAUUGCCGGCCCGCUCGGCGGAUCCAAGAAGCAGAUCAAGGAGCACAUCGUGUUCGAAAAGACGUGGAAGUUCCGCGACGCCGGCAAGGGCAAGACGGAGAUCAUGCCCGCCGACAACUAUGAGUUCCCGUUCGACGUCGUCCUGCCGGGCUCGCUGCCCGAGAGCGUCGAGGGCCUGGCCGACUCGUGGGUCACGUACCGCCUCAAGGCCGAGAUUGGCCGCAAGUACGCCAAAGACAUCCACGCCCGCAAGCCGCUGAGGAUCAUCCGCACGCUGGAUCCCACCGCGCUGGAGUUUGCGCAUCUGAUGGUUCAGGCCGUUGAGAAUAUCUGGCCCAACAAGCUCGAAUAUUCCAUCUCGCUGGCUAACAAAGCCGUUAUCUUUGGCACCUCCAUCACCGUCAACUUCCGCCUGCUGCCUCUCGUCAAGGGCCUGAAGAUUGGGAACAUUCUGGCACAGUUGGUGGAGAGUUACGAACUUUCGCUCCCCCCUGACGAGGUUUCACAACAGCGGAAGGUCACCCGGACCUCCAAGAUGAUAUUCUCGCACUCAUUCGAGAUCGAGGAGCAGCGAGACUUUUUUGUUCCUAAUGCCGAUGCUGAAGGAUACCGGUUCUCCAAGACCUGGAGUCUUCCUACGACGUUACGCAAAUGUCUACAAGACACGGAUACACAGGGCAUCAAGAUUAAACACAAGCUGAAAUUUAGGGUUCAGCUUCACAACUCCGACGGCCAUACUUCUGAGCUGCGCGCGUCUCUUCCCGUGCACAUCUUCAUCUCGCCCAACCUACCAAUCGACGAGAACAACAACAUCAUCGACCAGAGCCACAACUCCGUGCACACGGUCGACUUCUACCUGGCGCAGCAGGCGCCGCCGCUGUACGGCGAGCACCGGUUCGACCAGCUGUACGGCGACAUGGACCCCAACGGCUACUUCACGCCGGGCACGCACAGUGGCGUGGCGUCGCCGCUGGAGUCGCACAGCAGGAACCUGUCCACCGAAAACCUUACGAUGGCGCCGGCCGGGCGGCGGGGCGGCGACAUCUGCGCGCACGCCCUGCACAACCGGCUCACCGACCUGCACCUCCUCCGCCGCCGCCGCUCCUCAGGGCCCCCCGCCACACCGCCCCCCGAGCCCCUUUCCACCGCCCCUGCAGACGACCCCCAUCACCCACACCAGCAGCACCCACAGCAGCGACGACGCCGCUCGCUCCCCACCGACGCCUUGCCCUCGAUCAUGGGCGAACUCGAGCUCGCCACGACGGACGGCGGCUCGCGGCGCUCGUCAGAAGACGCCGCGGCGCUGUCGGGCCUGGCCACGCCCAACCCGCACUUCAGCGAGGUCGAAGACCUGUGCCGCGUGCCCAGCUACUCCACGGCGCUGCGCUCCAGCGCGAAGACGCACUACGACCGCUCGCUGCCCAACUACCAGGCCGCCACGGCGUCCGACCCGACGUCGCCGACGGCCGUUGCUGCUGCUGCUGCUGCUGCCGCGGCGGUGGCGCGCGUGGGUGUGCGCCGCGCCCAUUCGCGCCGCACCAGCCGCCUGUUUGGCAUCCUCGAGGCGCCCGCGCGCCCGCACUUCUCGCUGCAUCAGCGUGGGUCGAGUGCGGAUCCGUCGAUGGAUAGUGAGCGGCAGCUGCGCAUCAUGCAGGCGCGCGCGGGCGGUUAA